AUGCUGCUAAAAUCUCUUAUCCUUCCGAUCAUCGGCCUCGCAGUCUUGAGUACUGCCCACCCCGCUGAACAUGAGAAACGCGAUGAACCCACAAGACUGCAAAGGCGAGAAUAUCAUUCUCGGCUUUUGGAAAGAUACGGCGACUGCAAUUUAAAGCUCGAAAAAAGUGGCGUGAACAAGCGUGCAGCCGCUCGCCGCCAGAAUAUCGUCGACGGACACCGGCGCCAGUUCCAACAGACAUUAUUUGACCCAACUCGCCCAGGUCCAUAUCCCGAUUCAAAGAUCAGCACCCCACAUGAUGAUGUCGAUCUUCCAGAUCCUCUUCGCAAAUCACAUCUGGUAACCGACACGAGCAUCACUCUGAACACCCCGGAAUCCGUGUUAUUUGCCGCCAAUCGUACAUGUGUGCUUAAUCCCGAAGGAAAGGUCGGGCCGUUUUAUGUUAGAGGCGAACAUAUUCGCUCAGAUAUUACGGACGGACAAUUAGGUAUUCCCAUGAUUCUCGACGCACAACUGAUUGACGUCGAGACUUGUGAGCCACUAAGAGGUGCCUGGUGGGAUAUUUGGACCUGCAACUCAACAGGCGUCUACUCAGGCGUUUCCCAGCACGGCAAUGGCGAUGAGAGCGAUACAUCUAAUCUCAAUGCUACUUUCCUACGUGGUUUGCAAGAGACUGAUGAUGAUGGCGUCGCCAAAUUCCGAACUGUGUUUCCGGGUCACUAUAAUCACCGCACGACACAUCUCCACGUCGUCACCCAUAUCGGAGAUGUGACUCGACUCCCCAACAACACCGUCGUUGGCGGUACUGUUGCCCAUAUUGGGCAAUUGUUCUGGGACCAGGAUUUGAUCGAUGAAGUCGAGGCGACAUAUCCGUACACUACGAAUCUCACGCCGAUCACGCGCAACGUGGACGAUGAUUUGUUUCUGGAAGAAGUUGUUGCUACGACUUCUGAUCCAGUUAUCAACUAUGUUAAGCUGGGUGAUGAUAUCCAAGAUGGAAUCUUGGCUUGGAUUUCUGUGGCUGUCAAUCGAUCCGCUAGUUUUGAUCCUAGUUAUAGCUACAAAUUGACGCGGGGGGAGGGGUCGCUGAAUCCGGCGGUGAUAGCCCGAUUUGAAUAUAGUCCUACAUUUUUGUAUUUUCGUGGUUUGGCAGAACUAUUGAAAAAUGCUUUACCUUCCACGCACUGUGAAAAAAGGUAG